AAAGGAAGGAAGGGAGCGGAAUGGGGGCGGUCCUGGGCGGGGCCUGACGGGUUGGGCCCGCCCCGGCCCGUCCUAGAGCCGGGGUUCCUGGACCGCUGGCUCAGCCCCGAGGCGCUCCGCCCGCCCCCGGCACCCCGCGCUUGGGCAGGAACAAAAGAUGAACAAACCCAUAACAGCUUCAACAUAUGUGCGCUGCCUCAAUGUUGGACUAAUUAGGAAGUUGUCAGAUUUUAUUGAUCCUCAAGAAGGAUGGAAGAAGUUAGCAGUAGCUAUUAAAAAACCAUCUGGUGAUGACAGAUACAACCAGUUUCACAUAAGGAGAUUCGAAGCAUUACUUCAAACUGGAAAAAGUCCCACUUGUGAAUUACUGUUUGACUGGGGCACCACAAAUUGCACAGUUGGUGAUCUUGUGGAUCUCUUGGUCCAAAAUGAGUUUUUUGCCCCUGCAAGUCUUUUGCUUCCAGAUGCUGUUCCCAAACCCAUUAACACACUGCCUUCUAAAGUCACUGUAACAGUUGAGCAGAAACAGAUGCCUCUCUACGGUUCAAACAGGACAUCUGUGAUGCCCUGUCAGAAUCCUGAACACAACUCUAUGCCACCAGACUCUUCAAGUCCAGAAAGUAAAAGUUUAGAAGUUAGUGAUACACGUUUUCACAGUUUUGCGUUCUGUGAAUUGAAGGAUGUUACAAAUAACUUUGAUGAGCGGCCCGUUUCUAUUGGUGGUAACAAGAUGGGAGAGGGAGGAUUUGGAGUUGUGUAUAAAGGCUACGUGAACAACAGGGCUGUUGCAGUGAAGAAGCUUGCAGCAGUGGUUGACAUUAGUACUGAAGAACUGAAACAACAGUUUGAUCAAGAAAUAAAAGUACUGGCAAAGUGUCAGCAUGAAAACUUAGUAGAACUACUUGGUUUCUCAAGUGAUGGAGAUGACCUCUGCUUAGUAUAUGUUUACAUGCCCAAUGGUUCACUGCUAGACCGACUGUCUUGCUUGGAUGGUACUCCACCACUCUCUUGGUACAUGAGAUGCAAGAUUGCCCAGGGUGCAGCUAAUGGCCUCAGUUUUUUACAUGAAAACCAUCAUAUUCAUAGAGAUAUUAAAAGUGCAAAUAUCUUAUUAGAUGAAGACUUUACAGCCAAGAUAUCUGACUUUGGGCUUGCACGGGCUUCUGAGAAGUUUGCCCAGACAGUCAUGACUAGCAGAAUUGUGGGAACAACAGCUUAUAUGGCACCUGAAGCUUUGCGAGGAGAAAUAACACCCAAAUCUGACAUCUACAGCUUUGGUGUGGUUCUAUUAGAAAUAAUAACUGGACUUCCAGCUGUGGAUGAACACCGUGAACCUCAGUUAUUGCUAGAUAUUAAAGAAGAAAUUGAAGAUGAGGAAAAAACAAUUGAAGAUUAUAUUGAUAAGAAGAUGAAUGACACUGAUUCCACUUCCAUUGAAACUAUGUACUCUGUUGCCAGUCAGUGUCUGCAUGAAAAGAAAAAUAAGAGACCAGACAUUAAGAAGGUUCAACAGCUGCUGCAAGAAAUGACAGCUUCUUAAAACUUUACUGAAAUGGACUCUUGGCUUUUUAUAUACAGCUAUCUACAUCACUUUUUAAACUAAAAAAAAAGUUUAAACAUUCUUUACCUUUAAUAAGGCAGUAUGGUGAAGUGCAAUGGUUAUUAAAGUUUGUGUAGAACCCUCAACAUAGAGAACAGACAAAAGUAUAUCUCUUAUAUCAACACUUACCUCUAUUUUCUUAGUGUCACCCUAAGCUCUUACAGCACUCCCUGAGACAGUUCCUUGGAACCUCACCAAACAGUUUGAAAACUACAGAAUUAGCAGAAAAGAGGACUGGACCAUAGAAUGAAAAGUCCCUGGGUUGAAGCCUGACUCUACUACUAGUUUUCUCUAAAGCUUUGGAAAGUCUCUUAGCUGCUUUGAGCCUUGGUUUUUUUCACUUGUAAUGUUGGAAUCAUAUCUGCUGUGCCUUUCUAACAGGUAGUCAUGAAAAUCAAGUGAUGCAGAAUAUGCACAAGCACUUUGUAACUUAUAAAAUGAUAGAAAAUUUAAAGUGUGUAUAAAUGAUUAUAAAACCCUAUUACAGUCACUUGUUUAUAGGGUCAUGUUCACACUGUGCUGUUUUAAGCAAUCAUUCACCGCAGACCAAAUAUGUCCUGAUGAUACGCCCAUGACGACAUGGCCACUGUUAGAUUUUUGCUGUAUGCCACAUGAGAAGACAUUUCGUAGACGCAGUUAAAGUCCCUCAUCAGCUGACUUUGAGUAUUAGUAGGGAGAUGCUGCUGGGAGGACCUGACCUAAUAACCAAGAGAGACCAAACUCUCCUCAUAGUCCAUUAAAGGUCAUACUAUUCCACGUUAAGGAUGGACCUAGAUAGGACUGGCUUGUUAAUCAUUCAAGUUGUAGUCUCAAAAAUAGUCGUUAAGAAGGCAAUGGCAGUAAGACUCCAAAAUUAUUGCUAAGAUUUCGUUCCACUGAUGAAAUUAAGAAAAUUCAUCUCAUGAAACACUCUCACCUAAAACAAGAAUCAGUAAAUUAAUUCAACAAAUAUUUAUUGAUUGUUUUCUGUGGCCAAGGCACUUACAGAAGCAGUGUACAUAUUCAAAAUCCUCCUUCUCAGGAAAUCCUUGUUCUCUGUCUCCAUUCAGAUGGAGACGAUAAUAUGCAAAUAAAUAAAAUAACAUCAGGUAGUGAGAAAUGUUAAGGAAACAUUAAAACUAUGUAUUGUGAUAGAUUCCCUUGGCUAAGAAAAUUUAGCAAAACUCAAAACCAAAAAGAAAAAAAGAAAAAUGGAUAGCAGUAUAGUAUCUCAAAAAUGAUUAGAAUAUACUGUAAUUUAAGGAAAAAAAAAAAAACCUAAAUUGAAGCAAGUUUUAUCUGUGUGUUAGGC